AAGAAUAUUAAUCAGCAACAGUAACAUUAAUCAGCAGUAGCAGCGGUAACCUCACCGCCACCUUUCACAUGCUGUCAGUUGGUUUGCUCACAACGAACCACCAAGUCAGUCACCGAAGAUACUGUCCCUCGUCGCUUUUAAACCUAAAACACUUUCUCUUUCUCCCUUGUUCGUUCUUGCUAGAAAGGUCAUGUCUACAAAUCACGGACACGAAUUUGGGAAAUCGUUCCCCCAUUUCGCUACAAAUGCUAUCCAUGAGGGCCAAGAACCAGAUCAAUGGAACUCCAGGAUGGUGGUUCCACCCAUCACUAUGUCGACAACAUUUAAACAGAAGGAACCAGGGAACAGUUAUGGCUUCGACUAUUCAAGAAGUGGUAACCCAACCAGGAACUGCCUCGAGAAGUGCAUUGCCUCACUUGAAGGAGCCAAACAUGCAUUGUGCAUGGCAUCAGGUUUGGCAGCAAAUGAUUUGGUAACAAGACUAUUAAAGGCUGGAGACCACAUUGUUAGUAUGGACGACAUGUAUGGAGGAACUAAUCGUUACUUCCGUACAAUGGAACAGCUUGGAAUCUCAAUUACGUUUGUCGAUGCCACCGACAUUAAUAAGUUUGCAGCAGCAUUUCAAGAAAACACAAAGCUUGUUUGGAUUGAGACUCCCACCAACCCAUUAAUGAAAGUUGUUGACAUUGCUGCUGCUUGUAAAGUGACCAAAGAGAAAUCUGAUGCCAUUGUUGCUAUUGACAACACAUUUUGCUCUCCUUACUUCCAGCGACCCUUGGAUUUUGGUGCUGACAUCGUGGUUCAUUCGAUGACCAAAUAUAUGAAUGGUCACUCCGAUGCAGUGAUGGGCUGCAUUGCACUCAACGAUGACAAAAUGGCAGCAAGGUUGCGAUUCCUACAAAAUGCUUGUGGUGCUGUCCCUUCCCCUUUUGACUGUUACCUUGUGAAUCGGGGACUGAAGACUCUUCAUGUCCGAAUGAAGGAACACCAGAAAAAUGGUUUGGCAGUGGCAAAGUUCUUGGAGAAUAAUCCACGAGUGGUGAAGAUUCUACACCCAGGCCUCCCCUCUCAUCCUCAAUACGAACUGGCCAAACGACAGAUGCGAGGAUUUAGUGGAAUGGUAUCUCUCUACAUCAAAGGUGGAAUUGAAGAAUCCAAGAAAUUUCUCCAAAACUUAAAGCUUUUCACAACAGCUGAAAGUUUAGGAGGCUUCGAAAGUCUUAUUGAAUUGCCAGCAAUUAUGACUCAUGCGUCCGUCCCAGAAUUUCAAAGAGUGCAGCUUGGUCUUGGAGAUAACUUGAUCCGAUUAUCUGUUGGAAUUGAAUGUGAAGAAGAUUUAAUUGCAGAUAUUGACCAAGCCUUAAAAAUAGCCAUUCCUGAGUAAAUCCAGUGAACAAUAAUAAUAAAAACCAUGAAUUACUUUGCCAAAAUGAACAUGAAAUACGAAAAAAUUCCAGAAAAUAUUUCAUUUUUCCAUUUUAUUUUUCUGAAAUCUUAUUUUAUUAUGGGGUUCUAUCUGUGGACCAUGGCCUUGCAUGGGCAUAACUCAAGUUUUGGUUUUUAUUUAGUACACACACCGUCACCGCAUAUAUUUGUUAUCAAAAUUAAUCAGUCCCAAACAGUUUAUUCAAGCUAAUUGUCAGACAUGGUUAUCAGAAUUUCAAAAGAAACCAUUACACCACUACUACAAGUAUUAUUAAUGUGGUUUAUUUCUGCAGUGGCAAGAUCAAAGCAACAGGUGCACUAGCUACAGAGAUAUGGCAAGUAAAAUGAUGGUGGUGGUGGAAUUGUAUGUGUUGGUGCUGGAAAUGGAAGUAUGUGUUGAUAUCAUUGGUGUGGUUGACAGUAUUAUUGUAUGUAUAUAUAUAUAUAUAUAUAUAUAUAUAUAUAUGCAUGUAUAUGUACGUAUCUUUUAUAAGAAAUAUUCUUAAUAAGGUGCUAAAAUCUUUCCUCCUUUUCUGACUCGUGCUUUCUGUUUGUUUUUUUCUUUGGCUUCUCAUAUUUAGCAUUAAUCAAUUUACCAAUUAAUUACCCCCGACUCUAAUCGCUUUUUUUCAGCAAACUUUGUAGUUAGAAGUCUUUUAAAUUUGUUGUGUGGAUGAGUGGUGUGCGUGUGUACACGUUUGAAGAUAUUCCUUUGCUGGAAGAGGGAACUUUAUUCUGCCGAAACUUCUAGGAAGUCUUUUAAGCAACUGAUGGUGUAAAAUUCCCUUAAGUCGCUUGAAGGGUUGACAAGUAGCAACAGAAUGGAGCAAAAGAAAAUACCCCAAUCAAAAUCUUAAUAAACUUUUAUACACACACAUACUCAUGUGUAUAUGUAUAUGCAAUUAUAGUGUGGAUAUACAGAGUGGGAUAGGAGAUGAUUUAUUUAAAGAGAAAUAUAUUUUUAAAUUUUGAAAUAAAAAUGGAAAAUGCAUGGAAAGUGGAAUAAAAAUAAAAUUGGUAAAAA